UGUUUGCGCGAGCGUGUGAGUUUGCGUCUUCCGUCAUGUCUGGCCGCGGUAAGCAAGGAGGCAAGGCCCGCGCCAAGGCCAAGUCGCGGUCGUCCCGCGCCGGGCUGCAGUUCCCGGUGGGGCGCGUGCACCGGCUGCUGCGCAAGGGCAACUACGCGGAGCGCGUGGGUGCGGGCGCGCCCGUGUACAUGGCGGCCGUGCUGGAGUACCUGACGGCCGAGAUCCUGGAGCUGGCGGGCAACGCGGCCCGUGACAACAAGAAGACGCGCAUCAUCCCGCGCCACUUGCAGCUGGCCAUCCGCAACGACGAGGAGCUCAACAAGCUGCUGGGCAAAGUGACGAUCGCGCAGGGCGGCGUCCUGCCCAACAUCCAGGCGGUGUUGCUGCCCAAGAAGACCGAGAGCCACCAUAAGGCGAAGGGCAAGUGAGGCCGCUGCCCGCACCGUGGCGGCUCGCGUCCCGGGGACGCUCGCGAACUCAAAGGCUCUUUUCAGAGCCACCCACUCCUUCAGAUUAAAGAGUUGUGUCACGGUAGCCGGUGUCGUGGCCUUUGGCGGCCCGUUCCCAAAGUGUAGGAUGUAGCGUGGACCACUCGCUUUAUGCGUCCCCAGCGCCCUUCCCACUGUGUCCGAGGUCCCCCAGUGGUCGUCUGUGCGGUCGCCCUAAGUGCUCCCGGCCCGGAGCGAACCCCGCACUGUCCUAAGCACUUGGCGCCAUUUGUCGGUCCUACACAUCCACCCUGCAUAACUUGUCCCGCGCGCUGCUUCCCUCCCCAGUCUCCUGAACGCUUCCUGCCCCUCCCCCGGGCUUGGGACUUAACCCCGACGUCGAGCCCAGGGCAGACGCAAAGCACAACUAGCUCCGCUGUCGCCCGAUCCCCCGGCAAAGUCUACAAGAGGGACGUGUAUCUGGACGACGGGGCGCGGCCAGCUCUCGGGAUCGCGACUGGGCGACACUGAACAUUAUUAGCUCUGGGAAUUUGGACGCCGGGCUGGCUGGCGGGCGGGUGAGCUCCCGCACCUCUGGAAGAGACGUCCAGAGUUGGGAUUUGCAGCCAACAGAGGUGUCCCCUGUCCCCGCGGGGAGCGUUGGCCAGUCAGCUGGCCGCAGGGCUGGACAAGGCAGCAGGGCGACCAGGGGCGGGACAGCCCCAGCCAAUGGGCCGGCCCGGGGCCGGUGACG